UUGAUUCCAUACCGAGUUUCUGCUCGGUCAGAAGUUAUGCGAACACGACACGGUCACAUUAGAUCUACUGACUGAAGUCAGUGAUAAUAUAAGAUACAUUUGACGCAAUAACAUGCAGUUAUGUACUCCAAGAAAUUAGCACGAUUAGCUUUUGGGGUGUUGACAGAAUAUACGGUUAGUUGCCCGUUAACCCGAAGCGUGUCCUCUAGAGUGAACGCAGCGCGGUCUCUGUGCAGCUGGACGCUGUGUCUGCAUCACAGACAGAAGAAUCAGCUGUCAGAAGGUUUCUCCCGCAGAUUGAUUCGUCUAAAUGUCCGCACAGUAUCACAGACUACUCUCGACCCCGCCGAAGUGCGGAAGUUUCAGGCCAUGGCGAGCAAGUGGUGGGACUUGCAGGGAGAUUUUGCUGCCUUGCACUCGAUGAAUGACCUGAGAGUGCCUUUCAUACGGGAUAAUUUGUUGAAUAUGCACGGCAUCCGGCAGCUGGGCAAACCUCUGGCUGGACUGAGAAUUCUGGAUGUUGGCUGUGGUGGAGGCGUGCUGAGUGAGCCACUGGGGAGGUUAGGAACAGACGUCCUGGGAAUCGACCCAGUGGAGGACAGUGUGCGGACCGCAGAGCUGCACUCCUCCUAUGAUCCAGAUUUACGGGAGAGAGUUCGCUAUCAGGCCUGCACCCUGGAGGAGCUUGCCGAAGAGGAAGCAGAGGGAUUUCAUGCUGUAGUGGCAUCUGAGGUGGUGGAACAUCUGGCCGACCUGGACGCCUUUGCCAGCUGUUGCCAGCAGGUGUUAAAGCCUGGUGGCUCUCUUUUCAUCACCACUAUUAACAAAACCAACUUGUCCUACGUUUUCGGGAUUGUGGCGGCAGAGCAGCUGUUAAGGAUUGUUCCGAGUGGCACUCAUGACUGGGAGAAGUUCAUAAGCCCAGAGGAUCUGGAACGACUUCUGGAGUCUUUUGGUUUCUACGUGGAGGCUAUCAGAGGCAUGAUGUACAAUCCUCUCACAGGAGCGUGGAGCUGGCAGCAGAACACGGCCAUCAACUAUGCAUUGCAUGCAAUCAAAUGCAAAGAAGAACCCCAGCCUGGACAGGUCUGGGCUGAGAGUGAGAAUCUGGAUAAACCAGGUCGAGCUACAAAUUACAGCUGAGCUAUUAUAAUCUUGGAACCAUCAAACAAACUUCACCUGAUUCAGAAUGGAGAAAAAAACACAAUCAAUAUCUCAAAAUAUGUUGCAUAGUGAAGCAUUUCUGUACCAGUAAUAAUCAUUCUUUGCAUUGUAUUUCUUGAUAAAACCUUUUUUUUUCUUUUUUUUUCUUUUUAUCAGAAGCAUGAUUCAUAGGACAUCUUUUGUAAAGUUCUUGUUAAGUUGAGAAUUUUAGAUUGAAGCACUUUUGAUCCACUCAAUUUAAAAAAAGAUUCAUUUACUUUGCAUGUUUUGUGGUGUUGGUUGGUUCAUGUCAGAGGUUAAACAGACAAAGAUAAUUAUGUAAGGAUUUUUGACUUGGCACAUAAAAUGUGUAGGUACUUAAUAAAAUGAAAACAAUUGUUUCAUAAUCAAGAUGGAGUUUUAUUCAGGCUGAACAGUUCUUUAUUUUUAUUUAUAACUUUGGAACAAUUGGAACAAGAAAUAAAAUAGCAAAAAGUG